UUUGGUCAGCUGUUAGUCACAGUUCUCUUUGAAUACAGUACAAGGGGAGCAAAGUGGGAUGGCCAAUGUCACUUACGGGAUCUUUCCGCCGCCUCCCAUCGUGAAGAAAGGAAUUGGUACUGUGAAUUGUGGUAUACAGAGAGUAGACAGGUGCGCUGAAAUCAAGCGACGUUGAUUUGACGCUGGUUACGGCUGGCUCGCUGGCGCCCGUGACUUGGGAGCUAGUUCCAGAAAGGUUUAGCGAGCCGCCAUCCUUUUCGCGCUGUCCCCGUGACUUUCCCCGAGCUGGACAUUUUUCUUUUCGAGGCUGCUGCAAUUACCGUCACCUCCUACUCAAUCCGCACGUCUACAGCCAUUCCCUUUCCAAUUGUAUCUCCUCCCGUGCUAGGUUUCCGCCAGGUGCUCAGGACACCCGAUGAAAAGACUGCAGCUCCAGCGAUGGAGCCGCUCGGUCCUGUCGCCGCGGACCACGCCGGGUGGUCGAUUAUAUCGACAGGUCAACGUUAGCACGCGAUGGCAGUCCACGGCGUCGGCGGCGGUCCAAACCCAAGACGAUCGAUCAAUUGAUAAUACAUCAUCAUCAGAGAUACCGCAUUCUCAACCCCAACACAAAUUAAAAUACCCACAUCCAACAUACUCCCUCAAAUCGUUGCCGCGGACAUCGCCAAAACUCUUCGCUCUCCAUGCUCGACUCGCACUCCCCAAAAAAUUACCCAUUGAGACGCUGGCACGGGCCUUGAUUGAUGCCUCCGCAGAUCCGUAUCCUAAAUUCAACAAUCAUUCCCUAUCGGUUCUGGGCCAUGACCUCUUAGCACUAUAUACGACCGAAUACCUGAUCUGUGCCUUUCCUCGACUCCCCUCGACCGUCUUAUUUGCCGCGGUGUAUGCAUAUAUGGGUCCUAAAACCCUCGCAGCUAUAUCACACGAGUGGGGCCUUGAACUGGCUGCUGCUCCUGGAAAAGAGGUUGAUCCUGGUCUGCUCCAAUUCAAGAGAGUUGCACCCGGCACCGAGGUCACCAUAGAUCCCUCGACGACUACACGUCCAAUCAGAAAACAAAAACCGACAAUCACAGCUAGCAUUGUCUACAGUGAUGCCUUCGGUGAGCCAUCGAUAAAGGCUACCAACCCGAAGCACCUCGAUCCGACACUGCCAGACCCCGAAAGCAUACCGGGUAUAACGGCUGAAGCAGCCCAAUCAACAUUUGUGCAAGCAGUCAUGGGAGCUAUUUAUUUGCAUGCAGGUCUCCCAGCAGCUAAACGGUUCUUUGAAGAACACAUUCUUUCUCGGCACCUUGAUAUCUCUAAGUUAUUCUCGUUCACACAACCGACCCGCGACUUGGCUAGACUUUGUGCCCGGGAAAACUUCGAGCCCCCUGUCGCCAAAAUAAUUAGCGAGACUGGUCGACACAGCAGAUCUCCAGUGUUCAUUGUUGGAGUCUUUUCAGGCCAGGAUAAAUUAGGAGAAGGCACUGGCGCAAGUCUUGUGGAAGCGCGCACUCGUGCGGCAAUUGCAGCGCUCAAGGGCUGGUACCUAUAUAGCCCGCUGGAAGUGCGGGUACCAAGUUCCAUGGAGGAGCCAAAUGCUAAGCCCUGGAAGCCCGUAUAUGUGGACUGGGGAGAAGUGUUUGUGUAAGAGGCGUCAUACAAAAUUUUUUAAUCUUCGUCAUUGUUUUUAUUAUGGUACCGACAUCUGAGGGUGCUGUGAUUGGUGUUUUUCUUCUGUGUUAAUUGCAUAUUUGGUAUGGACUAUUGGGAAUGGACUUGCCAUGUACUGUA